AUGGUCGGCAUCCAAGUAGACAACCUCGCUGUCAAUGACGGCCCCUUGACAUCAGAGAAUGCCACCCUCCUCCGCCCCUCAGAACCUACCCUCCCCCUAGAAGAGCUCCGCAAACGAUACGACGAGGACGGCUACCUCUUACUAAAAGGAAUCCUCCCCCGCGAGGACGUUCUCGCCGCCCGCGAUGCAUACUUCUCCUCCCUGGAAUCAACAGGAGUCCUGAAGCCCGGCACAGCACCCGUCGAAGGUGUCUUCGACCCCGCCAAGAACCAUUUAGAUUACCCUGGUAUUGGAGCAGGACACAUUGGCGGGAACGGCAAGCCCGGUGGUGAGCGAGCAGCGGCUUUUGUUGAUCUUGCUCUCGAUGCACACUACCAGGAUUGGUACGCGAAGAAAUUCUGUAACCAUCCCGCGCUGUAUGAUUUUAUUGCGCGCUUCUCGGAUUGGGGAAAGAAUACAUUGAGCUUGCGUCGUACGCUCCUUAGGAACAAUCUCCCUGGAUCAAAACCGAUUGGUGUGCACUACGAUCAGAUCUUCCUCCGGUAUGGAGAUCCGACGAGUAUCACUGCUUGGGUCCCGAUAGGAGAUAUCAAGCUCAAUGGGGGUGGAUUGAUCUACUUGGAAAAUGGUGACAAAAUUGGAAUUGAAAUGGAAGAAGCCUUCUAUACCAAAGCGAAGCAGGCUGGGCUGACCGAUGAAGAGGCUAAGUCGGCUUUCAACUCCAACAUGAUGUCUACGGGCCUGCUCUCAGAGUUCCCGACUGAGUUUGCUCGGGAGCAUGGUCGACGAUGGAUGGUGUCGGCGUAUGAGGCGGGUGAUGCGGUUUUGCACAAGCCUCAUAUGAUCCAUGCUUCCACUGUCAACAAUGAUCCGGAUAAUGUCAUCCGCCUUGCGACAGAUCUACGGUUCUGCGAUUCGUCCAAGCCUUAUGAUGAGAGAUGGAUGAACUUUUAUACGUUCAACGACGGCGUAUAG